CUCCUCCUCUUCUUUAUCAGUCUCUAUCUUAGUUCUAUCUCCUACAUAAACUCCUGCUAUGAAGUUAAUUAUAUCUGGGUUUACCUUGCUAUCCUUUAAAACUUCUAUUAACUUAUCUCUUCUUACACUAUCAUAGGCCUUUGCAAAAUCUAUCGAGAUUACUAUCAAUGGUUUCCUCAUCUUAUAUGCUCCUUCUGCACAAUAUCUUAGAAUAAAUAGGUUGUUUUCUAUCCGGCUUCCCUCUGUGAAUCCUGCCUGUGUAUCCUUACCUAUACCAUUUAUCCUUAUGUGGUCUUCCAAGCUAGUUCUAAUCACAGCCAUCAUUAGCUUGUACCCUACAUUCGUCAGAGCUAUUGGCCUUAGUUCUUUAACCUUUGGUCUACACUUCUUUGGUAACAUGACUGUCCUAGAGUCCCUCCAUCCCUCUGGUAUCCUCCCUGUCUCUAAUACUGCCCCAAGGUCUUCAACCAACACCUUCCGUAAUACUUUACUUUUGGCAAAUUCUUUGUACAUUUCUGGCUUUAUUUUGUCUGUUCCAACUGCUUUUUUAUUCUUCAUUCUAUUGCUACAUUUAAUUACUCUAUCUUCCCUUAUGCUUUCUUCUUCCAGAUAGAUGAAUCCCCCCUUCACCCUUCUUGUCAUUUCCAUGUGUUCUCUCACUUCUAUUCCACAUUUUUCAGUGUGCUGCCACCCCACUGCCCUCAGUUCACUAAUAUCCUCCAACCUUACAGCCUCCAUCUUUCUUAUCCUUAAUUUCCUUUGUUAUCUUCUCCUCUUGUUUGUACAUUUCCUUCCUUAUCUUUAAUUGUACCUUUGUUCUUUGUUCUACAUAUAAUUUUUUCCACCUUUCUUCCUCUUCUUUGCAUUUUGCAUUUCUCCUAUUCCUGUUUAACUUCUUCCUUUCUUUUAUUUCUUUCCUUAUUUCCUCGUUUAUCCAUGCUGGUUCCUCGCCGUCCCCUAGCUUUUUCUCUCUUCUUCAAUAUACACUUUUUAGCACUGCAUCUGCUGUUUCUCUCAUUUUUUUCUCCAGAGUUCUCCUAUACUGUCCACCUUAUUCCUCAUCACACUUUCUUCUAGCUUUUUCCUAAAGUUUUCUAGCAAUGAUUUAUCUGUUUUAUAGUACUCCCUCUCAAUCCAUUCAUUUUUCUUGAACUCCCUCUUUUUUUCUUUUGCCCUUAAUUCCACCUCUAUCAGGUUAUGGUCUGAAAGAUCAUAUCCUUCCUUUUUUUCACUUAUCUUCAUUUUAUGGAACCUAUUGUACACCUUGUCUGUCACCAAUACAUAGUCUAUUACACUCUGCUGUCCAUCUCGGCUCCAUGUCACUUCUCCCUCACACCUCUCGUCAUCAUUUAACAUAAUCAAUCCAUAUUUUUCCAGCCAUUGUAUAAUCACUUCCCCAUUCCUGUUUACUUUUUGUGUUCCCUUGAACCCCACAUGUCCAUUAAAGUCACCCAUUAUCAUCAAAGGCUCUGAGUUUUCCUCUAUUAUUUUUUCAAUUUCUUGUGUUAUUUCCUUGUUUCUCUCAACAUCACUAACACUAAAGUAGACUAACACUAACCUAACCUCCCAUUUUCCUAUUUUUCCUAUUGUGUGUAAUACGUCCUUCCAGGGAGGCAUCAUUGCGCAAUGUCGAUAUUACACCUAUGCCAUCUAGCGAGCCGACGCCAGGAUGCUCACAGAGUUCCGUUCAGUUUUCCUGCCGACUAGGAAAUGCCAGGUGUAAAGCCGCCUUUAACACCUGGCAAUUCCUAGUCGGCAAUACCGGCGCGGCUGCAUUUUUGGUCUGGGUCUGGGUCUGGGAGCAUUAUCGCGGCAAGUUCUCUGCACUGCAGCUGAGCGUGUCAGUCUUGUAUUGCCGACUGGCGGCUGAGUUCAACAUGUUGGCGCCAAUAAAACAAGAAAUGACAGAUACAGACAACAAGAUUUGGAGCCAGGAGGCCGAGGUGGCAUUACUAGAAGAAGUGAGGCAGCAUAGAUACUUGUGGGACCCACAAGAUAAGCUGUAUGAGAAGCUGAGUCUACGCAAAACAACUUUUGAGAGAGUGGCAGCAACAUCCGAGAAAUGUUUGUCUGCGAGAUAUCAAAGGAGUUCGCUUCCUCGCUCGUUCACCUCUGCCAACAUCUGCCUGCACGCCCCUGUCUUGCUAUGGCCCCCUCUGCCCUGCCAUGGCCCCCCCUGCCCUGCCAUGGCCCUCCCCUUGCCCUGCCAUGGCCUCCCCCUGCCCUUCUAUGCCCCCCUCCUGCCUGGUCUUAUGGUGAGGCUGUCAGGUGCGGAGCCCAGCAGGUGUGGUGUCCCUCCUCAAGCGUGGCGUCAGGGUGGAGAGCGAGAUACUCUCUCUUGCUCUCAGCAGUCACAGGAAAGAGUUCAGCCAGCCCGCAUUCUUCAGGAGCAGUCUGUCAUGCUGUUCCAUUCUGUUCUGAUGGAGAAGAGAAGAUUGUAACUUAUAAUGGGUGAGUUGACUUGUAAUAAACUUGAUAACACUCCAAUAGGUUUAUUCAUCAGAUAAUUCCUCUUACCCCAAGCAGACCGACAGCCUCAGAUGCACUUUAGUAUAUAAUAACUUAAACCUUAUGGAAAGUAACACUUUGACAAUUCAGAGUGAAUAUGUGUGGUGCUGCCUGAUCAGCCAUUACGAUCUAUUACCACCAAAAACUGUAAGAGAUUUAUAGCAAUACAAAUCAUAAUGUUGGUAUGUAUAAAAUAUUUCCUUAAAAAUAUCUUAUUAUGAUUAAAAAUCCUGUAUUAGUAAGAAACUCACCAAUAAAAACUUGGAAAACA